AUGGCACAUCCCUCUCUGAGUGAAACCUGGGAGAGUAGCAUCACAGGGAAAGUGGGCCACAAUCGACCAAGACUCAACCUCGACAGCACAGCUCUACUCGAUGUUACUAAUGAUCCGUUUCAUGCUCAACGAAAUCUCACACUCUCGCCUAUCCUUCGGCCUCGCUCGCCGAAAUAUUUUGCGAGUCGCGAUUCGUCUGCACUUUUUGAUGAGGAGACGAAUAUAGACUCGGAGGAUUCGCAAUUCGAAAAGGUUAUUGGAGAAGCGAAUCAUUGCUCCCCAAGCACUUCCACUCCAUCACGAGCAACAAGGAGCGGCAUCUACAAUCCUUUCGAGAAGCACCUUGCUAGUCGUUUGAUGCAUAACACGAUGAGUCCAUCAAUCUUCGAGUCUUUGGAGAACAUGCCGCCGACUCCGGAGACGCCGUGCUCAACAAGCUUUUCUUGGUCAAUUGAACAAAUGGCGUUGUUGAACCCGGCUGAAAUCACUGAUGUAGAAAUUGCAAAUUCAGCAUUUUCGCCGGAUCCAGCUCUGGAGGCACAAUAUCGUGCUGCGGCGGAUAUUUAUUGGAACAGUGGGGUACUCUACGUUCCCUCACCGGAAGGCCCCGGGCCAAUGCUUGUUUCAAAAACUCCGCUAGCUGAUGUGGUGAGACUACGUGCUGCAAGACUGGCUGCGGCGGCUGGAAGCAUGAGCAAGGCACAAGUUGAAACUCCUGUUUGCAAAACAUCAAAAAAGCGACGAAGCUCUUCACUGCGUUCCGGUGCUCAAGGCCAGAAGCGCCAUUGUGGGACACAAACGGCAUGCACAAUUUCACCAAAUAUCGACUUUGAUUUUGCUGCAAUCUUGGGAGAAGCCUCGGUUUUUCACGAUGUGCAAGUUGAUGCCGGUGAGGAGUUCGAACCAAACUCAUCGAUUGGCUCACUACGAAGAAGACUCUUUGCUGAAGAUGAUGAUUCCUGCUUGAGUGAUUCCCCGAAUCAGGACCUCACGAAAAGCCAUUUAAAAGUUGAUUUGGAUGGUAAUUCUUUUAUAACUAGUCCGGAAAAUUACUUUCCCAGUCUUUCCCCAAUUUGCCCAAAAGAUGAGCUU